AUGAAUAUGAUGCAGCUUAGCAGCCUUUGCACACAAGACACCCUUGUUGCAGAGCGGAGGGGAGGAGGAAGGGAGUAUAUUUAUUUACAUGAUUUGGUUCCACCAAUAAUUCCUACCCUCAAAUGCUCUGUGGAAGGGGAAGAAGAAGUGGUAGUUGAUGUCAGGCGCUCGGAUUUCCCCAAAGGGUUUCUAUUCGGAGCUGCUACUUCGGCGUAUCAGAUCGAAGGGGCGUUUCUCGAAGAUGGGAAAAGUCUCUGCAAUUGGGACGUUUUUUGCCGGAUUGAAGGUGCAGUAGCGGAUGGGACGACUGGUGAUGUUGCGGACGACCAUUAUCAUCGCUAUUUGGAAGACAUUGAGAUAAUGCAUUCACUUGGAUUGACUGCUUACAGAUUUUCAAUUUCAUGGAGUAGAGUUGUUCCUAGAGGAACGUUUGGUGAGGUCAACCAAGUUGGUAUCCAGUUCUACAAUAAGAUUAUAGACAAUCUCCUACUCAGAGGUAUUGAGCCUUUUGUGACUAUUCACCACCAUGACUAUCCUCAAGAGCUUGAAGAUAGAUUUGGGGCCUGGCUCAGUCCUCUGAUGCAGGAGGAGUUUGUACACUUUGCAGAAAUAUGUUUCAAGAAUUUCGCAGAUCGUGUGAAGUACUGGAUGACAAUCAAUGAGCCUAACAUAUUUGCAGAGAUGGCCUAUGAAAGGGGUACCUACCCUCCGGCUCGCUGCUCACCUCCGUUCGGUAACUGUGUCAUUGGAAAUUCAGAUGUUGAGCCUUUAAUCGCAAUGCACAACAUGUUGCUAGCACACGCCAAAGCAGCUAAAGUGUAUCGUGAUCAGUUUAAGUCAAAACUCGACGGUUUCAUAAGCAUCACGGUGUGUGCAUUGAUGUAUGUUCCAUUGACGGAUGAUGAGAAGGACAAGGAAGCAGCAGCUCGGGCGCUAGCAUUUAAUUCAGCUUGGGCCUUGGAUCCACUUGUGUUUGGCGACUACCCUCCGGAAAUGAAACAGUAUCAUGGUAGCGAAUUGCCAAGGUUCUCUCCCGAGGAAAAGUUGCUCUUGAAAGACAGCAUCGAUUUCAUAGGGGUAAAUCAUUACGGCACGCUCUAUGCAAAGGAUUGCAUCUAUUCCGAUUGCAGCUGCAGUGAGUCCUCCUGUCUCGGUGGCAGUAACCGUCCGAUCCGGGGGUUUGUGUACACUACUGGAGAGCGCGAUGGUGUUCUCAUAGGAGAUAAAACAGGCAUGCCUCGGUUUUUCGUUGUUCCGAGGGGCAUGGAGGAUAUCAUCCGGUAUCUUAGGGAGAGAUACAACAACAAACCAAUGUACAUCACAGAAAACGGCUACGCUACUCCUGUAGAUGAACUGGACUACAGGCAUGAUGUGAAGAGAAUUCAUUUUCAUCAGUCACAUCUUGAAUAUCUUGCUCGAGCCAUGAGGUACGAUCGAUUCCUACAAAAACACACUGAAUGCAGAGUUAUCUCAUGCAUGGAGAGAAUUUGCAGGGACGGCGCAGACGUGCGCGGAUACUUCAUCUGGAGUCUGCUCGACAACUUCGAAUGGGACAGUGGAUACACUAUGAAAUUCGGAAUACACGACAUCGAUCGCAGCAGCGAAAACGCAAGUAUGAAGAGGAUCCCGAAACUGUCUGCCCUUUGGUACCGAGAUUUUUUGUGCAAUGGUAGCUCUGUUGGUGCAGAAAACUGGGACAAAUGUGUAUCAACGGUAAGUGUUCAAUCUUAUUGAGAUGAGAUCGAAAGAGGCCAUCAAAUAUGUAUGUAUUUUAUGAUUAAUUGUCUAUCCAAUAUUCGGAAUAACUGCCGUUACUCUUUGAGUGAACUCUGAAUAAACAAAAUUUGUACGUAGUUCGGAUA